AUGGACGGUGCUUCUCUCGUUACCGAUGACCUUCUUGAUCCCCCGCCUCGAAUAUACGAGCGACUUCGUCAGAUAGCUGGUUAUACAUGGGAUGAAAGCCAGCUGCCUUUCCAUUCUUCAUACGACUUCUGGCACGUAUUCGGCACGCGGUGGGUGUCCUCGGUGCCUUCGCCUUCGAGCUCUCACAAUGCCUCGAGCCCAGGAUCCGCCCUGAGGCUACAUUCUGGCCGCCCAUCGCCGUUAGAACCUUACGCCCAAAUAUCGAAUAUCGACGGGUACGAUACUCAAGCAAUAACACCCCCAGCCUCAUCGUCCUCCAAUAUACCAAGCGAUGCCGCAUAUAUCGAAGAACCAGUCGUUGCUCGUUUAUCAUAUCACGCCCUACGAGAGGAGCGGGCUUUUCACAUAGCUAAAAGCUUAAUUGCCACUUCAGAUCCGACAGGGGAGCACAUUGUUAAACCUAUCGACUUGAUUAGGCUACAACCCCUUCCUGGCGAUCGCGCACAGGUUGUUGUUUCUAUAUACCAGCAUCCUGGACCCAACUAUCUACUCGAAGUGCUGGACAUGGGACCGGCUUUUUACAGAGCUCGCAUACAUGGGGAGACAUUCAGCUCAUUACGGAAGAACGAACCCGAACUGCACCCGCCAAUCUCUCUACAAUAUUUUCUAGAUUUUGCUAUAGGUGCGACUCAAUGCCUGGAGCUUCUCCACCACAACCUUGGCAUGAUCCAUGGCGAAAUCCGAGGCGAUGCGUUUCACUUCAAUAUCGAAACUGGGCAGGUCAAAGUUAUGUCUUUUGGGUCUGGCAUUCGCUCGUUCGAACACGGCCUGACGAGCACGGGAUGGUCAACGCUUUCGAAAGAACUUGGGGCACAGAACAAACUAUUAUAUAUAAGCCCUGAACAGACAGGACGAAUGCCUGCUGAGCCAGAUAGUCGGACCGACAUUUAUUCUUUGGGUGUUUUAUUCUGGACCUUACUGACUCAGAGGCCAGUCUUCGAAGGUGAUAGCCCCCUUGACAUCGUACAGGGCGUUCUUGGUCGGAGAAUACCGAACGUCUCUACAGUGAGGCUUGAUAUCCCUGACGUGGUUGGGAGGAUCAUACAAAGAUGCACGGCUAGAAAUGUCCAGGACCGUUAUCACUCGGCGAGCGGGCUUCGCCAUGAUUUAAUUAAGGUCCAGGAGUUUCUCGGUGACGGAGAUUGGUUGGCGCUUAAGGAGUGGAGGAUUGGAACUAAGGACGUAUCGUCGUUCUUCAUGCUUCCAGCGAUCAUGAUCGGCCGCCAGCAAGAGCAAGCAGAAUUAGCCAAGGUCAUUGAUCGCGUCGCAAAAAGCCAUGCCAUGAACUUGAAGGGAAACACGAACCGGUUCUCUGACGGCUCAACCUUGUCAAACGAUAUGGCCGCUUUUGAUGAUAUUUCUAGUGAGGGAGCGAGCUCUGUGGAUGGCACAAACUAUCGCAGCGGUUCUUUUACCCACACUGCUUCUUCUGACCCUAAGCUACCAAAGACCAACUUCAACCCCUUGUUCUCAGAUACCCAGACGGUAUCUGGCGAUACAAUUUCAUCUUCACCAUCCGGGACCCUUCCGAGAAUUGCCAGGCCAUGGGAAAGACACCAGUCAAUCUCAAUUGAGACACGCAGUCUUGUCGAUAGCUCAGGACCCGAUUCCCAAAAUCGCCACAGCGUCGUAGAGUCGACAGCGUCCAGCCUGUCAAGACAGCUGGGCUCGGCCAAGUUUAGACGGCGCGACCAUUGUGAGGUUGUCACAAUCGAGGGUGCAGGGGGUCUUGGAAAGAGCUGUCUUGUUCAAAGUGUUCUGGCGGAUGCAGGCGGCGGGGUUAUUGUGCCACUGCGAAAUUUGACACCGCAGGAGAACAGCAUUUGGACCUCUGCUUAA